AUGGCUCGUUUAAAGAGAAAGACUACAAGAAGAACAAAAACAAAAAGAAGACCUACUUUACGUCGUGGUAGGCGUGUAUAUAAACGACGUGUAUAUCGUCUUCGACGAUAUACUAGACGUUAUAGACGUGCCAGGUUGUCAUCACAACCAAAUAGUAUAGUACUUAAGAAUAAGCUAGUUUGCUCCAUGGUAGAGUUCCAAAUUUUGCCUGUAAGAGAUAGUUUGCCUCAGAUUGUAACUAUGGCUGGAUUUACUACAGCUGCUACGAAUAAGAUAAGUAAUGUAACAGAGGAGAAUAAAGCUAUCUUCUCUUCUUUAGGUCAGUUAUUCUUUAAUGUACAGUCUGUUGAUACAGCUAAUAGUAUCUUACCUAUUCAAGAAGCAGGAAAGUUACCACCUAGUUUUAUAGCAUGGAAUCCGUUUGUAGAUUAUAAUUUAUUAGGUUCCUUGUGGAAUUAUUAUACUGGAAUGUAUGAAUAUUGGAAGUUUACAGGUGUAAAAAUAAAGUGGAUACCCAAUGUAAAGACUGCUGUAGCUCUCCCAGAAAUGCCUUAUGGUAUUCAGCAAUCGAGAAAGAGUGUAACUGGUUCUGCUCUUCAAAGUUCUGUUAAUUUAGAAAUUUCUAAUCAAAAUAAUAGUCCUUAUGAUACUGUAUUAUAUACAGGAGAUGGAAGUGGAUUAGGUUAUAAGCAGCAAGUAACAUUUAAUAUGCAUGUACUAUUUGAAAAGGAUAAUUAUGAUAAUUUUGACCUGCCAACUAAUCCUGCUAAUGUUCAAGAAAGUGAAGUAUGUAAAGAUACUCGUUAUAAGUUUAAAAGAUUUUAUGAUGGACCUACUAAGCCAAAGACUUAUAAAGUGUAUGAUAUGACAAAGCCUUUUAAGUUUUAUGUUAAGCCUUAUAUGCAGAAUACCUCUAGUGAAAUAACUGAUGAUUUGAGUAAUCCUCAAACUGGAGCUACUAUCCUUAAACCCUCACUUAAUACACAAAUACAAAAGAAAAAAAGAAUGAAUUAUGUUAAGUAUAAUGGUACUAGGAAUGAAGUACCUUUUGUUAAUCCUAGUCAUUUACAAAGAUAUGCUAGUUAUAUACAAGAUCAGAACUAUUUUGAUCCGAUAUUAUUUGGAUAUUUCUUUACAGCUAAUGGAAUACCUAUUGGUUCAACUUUAACAAUAGCCGAAAAUAUAGCACCUACUCAAGAAGAGCCAUUAUGGACUAAUUACAGUUUAUAUGCUCCCCCUAAUAUAUCAGCUUUAGGUAAAUUUGAAAUUACCUUUUAUACUAAAUUUAGACAGAUUAAGAAUGCUUAA